AUGGAUGGCAACGUAAGUCAGUUAACCUCGAGCACGGCUGCAAGUAACACGCGAUAUUUCAGAACGCAAAGCAGAGAGAGCGUGAUAAUCAAGAGCGUCAAUCACUGGCGCCUACAGAACGAACGAGAUGUCUUGCUACGAUUCCAACAGCGGACGCCAUUCCUACGACCAUUACUCGAUGAGGUUCGAGAUGCAUCAGCUUUUCAGGCGAAUGUCCUGAGAUAUCUCGAUGACGACCUGUUGAACGCGUCAAACACCAAGCGGCUGACAUCUUUCGAGGUCAAAUACGUUGCCAAGAGGAUCUUGGGGGGACUGAAGGUAUUGCAUAACGACGGAUUCGUCCACACCGAUAUCAAACCCAGCAACGUCUUAUUCAACUAUAAAGACGGGUCGAAUCGAUUCGGAGAUGUCCAGCUUGCCGAUUUCGAAAGCGCGGUUCACAAAGAUACAUCUCACGCCCAGAAUGGCGAACCGAUCGGGACCCCAAUGUUCAGGAGUCCUGAAGCACAUUUGCAGAUGAGAUGGGAUACCGCGACCGAUAUUUGGUCUUUUGGUGCAUUGCUCAUCAGUCUUCUCUACGGCGAGGGAUUCCAUAUCUUCAAACCGAAUGUCCCCCCUGAACAUGAUGACUACGACUACGAAAUCCUUUUGAAAUACAACCGGAUAUUUGGGCCGUUUCCAGUAUCAUAUGAGGAGAUCGCAGAUCAAGAUCGACUGGCAGUCCUUGUAUUCCUUACACAAAACAGUCCGCCGGAGACUCUGAAACCCUUUAAUCUCACGACUGCACGAGAGAUCUGCGAGGAAGAUAAAGAAUUCGUGCUCAAGAUCAUGAAACUCGAUCCCAGAGAUCGACCAACGGCGAGUGAACUCCUGGAGGAUCAAUGGUUUCGAGAUGAAUGA